GGCCAAAGCAUCGCCGAGGGCUGGGGGGCUGCAGCCUUCCCCAAAGCCCCCCCAGGCUGGGUUGGAUUUGCCCCCCCCCCCGGGGCGUAUUCGGAGGCUGAAACCCUCCCCGCUCCGCUCCGGCUGGCUCCAGCCCGCGCGGGUCCAUCCACCUCGUCAAGGUCGUUUUUAAUGAGCUUGUUUGCAAACUCAUUUCCACCAUGGCACAGGCAGAGCCCGCAGCACCGGCCGGGGCAGCCCCCGGUCCCCAAAACGUCCCCAGGAUGGAGCCCCCCAGCCCCGAGGUGCCCCCGGGGGGGCUGCAGGAGGAGCAGAGGGUGCUGGUGUCGGCGCACAGCUGGCGGCCCUGCCCCAAAACCCGCAGGAGGCUCCGAGGGUGCCUGGAGCUGGUGAAGCGUCAGCUUUUCCGCGUGGGCGAGGACUGGUAUUUCCUCUUCGUGCUGGGGGUCCUCAUGGCCCUCAUCAGCUUCAUGAUGGACUUCAUCGUCUUCAGGCUCUACGAGGCCCACCGGUGGCUCUACCAAGAGGUUGGGGAUUAUUUGGUGCUCAAGUACCUCUCGUGGACCAUCUACCCCGUGGCCAUGGCCGCCUUCUCCACCGGCUUCUCCCAGAGCAUCACGCCGCAUUCGGGAGGCUCCGGCAUCCCCGAGCUCAAGACCAUCCUGACCGGCGUGGUGCUGGAGGAGUACCUGGCCAUCAAAAAUUUCGGGGCCAAGGUGGUGGGGCUGACCUGCACCCUGGCUUGCGGCAGCACCAUUUUCCUCGGCAAAGUGGGUCCCUUUGUGCACCUCUCCGCCAUGGCCGCGGCGUACCUGGGGAAGAUGCGGACAUCGGUCACGAGGGAGUAUGAGGACAAAUUCAAGCAGAACGAGAUGCUGGUGGCAGCGCAAGCCGUCGGCGUGGCCACAGUUUUCGGGGCGCCCAUCAGUGGGGUGCUGUUCAGCAUCGAGGUGAUGUCGUCGCACUUUGCCGUGCGGGAUUACUGGCGUGGCUUUUUCGCCGCUACCUGCGGUGCCUUCAUGUUCCGCCUCCUCGCCGUCUUCAACAGCGAGCAAGAGACCAUCGCGGCGAUUUUUAAGAGCGACCUCAAGAUUGAUUUCCCCUUUGACCUGCCGGAGACUUUCUUCUUCAUGAUUUUGGGGGCCAUCUGUGGAGCCAUCGCCUGCGCCUACCUCUUCUGCCAGCGCUGGCUGCUGGCGGCCGUCAGGGAGAACCGGCUGACGGGCAGGCUGCUGGCUACCGACAAGCCCCUGUACUCGGCGCUGGUGGUGCUGCUGCUGGCCUCCAUCACCUUCCCUCCGGGCCUGGGGCAGCUGAUGGCCUCCAGGCUGUCCAUGAAGGAGCACCUCAUCUCGCUCUUCGACAACCGCACCUGGGGGGUGCUGGCCCAAAACGCCUCGGUGCCCCCCGCGGUGCCCGGGGACCCGCGGCGCCUGUGGCAGGAGUGGAGCCACCCCUCCGCCACCAUUUUCGGCACCUUGGCCUUCUUCCUGCUGAUGAAGUUCUGGAUGCUGACCCUGGCCACCACCCUGCCCCUGCCCGCCGGGUACUUCAUGCCCAUCUUCAUCUACGGAGCUGCCAUCGGGCGCCUGAUCGGGGAGGCCGUGGCCUUGCUCUUCCCCCACGGCCUCCGCGUGGAGGCCACCACACACCCCAUCGUCCCCGGGGGCUACGCGCUGGCCGGAGCCGCCGCCUUUUCGGGGGCCGUCACCCACUCCAUCUCCACCGCCCUGCUGGUGUGCGAGGCCACCGGGCACCUGGCCCACGUCCUGCCCGUGGUCCUGGCCGUGCUGGUGGCCAACGCCAUCGCCCAGAAGUGCCAACCCUCCUUCUACGACGGCACCAUCAUUGUCAAGAAGCUGCCCUACCUGCCCCGCAUCCGCAGCCGGCACAUGGCCUCCUACCGGGUGGUGGUGGAGGAGUUCAUGGAUCGGCGCGUCGUGGCCGUGGCCAAGGGCGAUGGCUUUGAGGAGGUGCUGGCAGCCCUCAGCGCCACCACCGAUGGGGAAUUCCCCGUGGUGGAGAGCGCAGAGUCACCCACGCUGGUGGGCACCGUCAGCCGAGCCCGGCUGGUCGCCUUCCUGCAGAGCCACGAGCACCCACGGGCACCCCCAGGGGCGCUGCAGGAGAAGCCAGCCUCCAUGGGGACAGUUGGGGACGACUGCGCCAUCGAGCCCGUCAUGCUGCAGCUCUCGCCCUGGACCUCGCUGCACCAGGCACACCACCUCUUUGAGCUGCUGAAGCUGCAGCACAUCUUCGUCACCCGCUACGGGCAGCUGGUGGGGGCUGUCACACGCGCUGAGCUGCGGAGAGCGAUCGAGGAGCUCGCCAACCCCAAGUGACCGCUGUUCCCGCUGCUCCGCUUUCACCAUUAAAUGUUUUUUUUGGGGCCA